AUGCUCGCUGCGUUCAAACGCUGGACACGCUCCGACUCAAAGGACAAUAUGCACAUCCGCGUAAAGUGGGGGCACGACACCCUGCACAUCCCCCUCCCCUCACAAGACACGCCCCUUCGCCAGCUUCGCAAUGAUCUCGCCGAAUAUACCCAUCUUCCGCCCGACUCUUUCAAGCUUGUCCACGCAGGCGCGGUCAUGAAAGACGACAGCGCACCGAUUUCAGCAUACAAAAUUCACGAAAAUUCCCUCAUUGCUCUCAUUGGAGGCAAUACUACUCCUUCAGGUCCUCAGCGAUCCUCCGCCACUCCCGCUGCCGAACAAAACCCGUCCACCGUAAUCAAAGCUGAGCUCGAUCGCGUGCGUGCCUCUCUAGGGCCAUCCGUACAUGAGUUUGUACGCACCAUCUCCCCUGAUGUCCAACCUGCCGCCUCCGCUGCCCAGCUGCCGACGGUUACCUCUUCCGCACCCGCACCUAUCCCGGCGUCUGCCGCCCAGCCGACCACGUCAUCACCUCCAUUAGAAAGGACCCCCGCCCUCACUCAAGAACACACUCGUCUCUCAGAGCUCCUCCUACAGUCCCUUCUUAGGCUCGACGCAAUACGCGUCACUGACGACCCCGAGAUGCGCGCUGAGCGCAAGAGUGCAGUCCGUGAGGUGCAGAAAAUCCUCGAUACCCUCGACAGCGCUUGGGCUUCCGUGUCACGAUAACCUCGUACUCACACGCAUCCGAGAUAGCCACCGCCCC